AUGUCUGGUAAAUUGAUGUGGACCGUCACCCCAAGGCCGUAUCCCCCACAAUUUACCUCCGGUCACCUCAAGGCCGUAUCCCCCACAAUUUACCUCCGGUCACCUCAAGGCCGUAUCCCCCACAAUUUACCUCCGGUCACCUCAAGGCCGUAUCCCCCACAAUUUACCUCCGGUCACCCCAAGGCCGUAUCCCCCACAAUUUACCUCCGGUCACCCCAAGGCCGUAUCCCCCACAAUUUACCUCCGGUCACCCCAAGGCCGUAUCCCCCCAAUUUACCUCCGGUCACCUCAAGGCCGUAUCCCCCACAAUUUACCUCCGGUCACCUCAAGGCCGUAUCCCCCACAAUUUACCUCCGGUCACCCCAAGGCCGUAUCCCCCACAAUUUACCUCCGGUCACCCCAAGGCCGUAUCCCCCACAAUUUACCUCCGGUCACCUCAAGGCUGUAUCCCCCACAAUUUACCUCCGGUCACCCCAAGGCCGUAUCCCCCACAAUUUACCUCCGGUCACCUCAAGGCCGUAUCCCCCACAAUUUACCUCCGGUCACCUCAAGGCCGUAUCCCCCACAAUUUACCUCCGGUCACCUCAAGGCCGUAUCCCCCACAAUUUACCUCCGGUCACCUCAAGGCCGUAUCCCCCACAAUUUACCUCCGGUCACCCCAAGGCCGUAUCCCCCACAAUUUACCUCCGUAGUUCUUGUGAUUUUAAGUAUUUUAGUUUCCUCUUCUGUAUUAUAGAGGAUGGCUGCCAACAGCCACGCCUCUUCAAUUUCUAG